AUCCUGUUAUCAUUCCAUUUCUCGGGGCUGCUCUUUACUUCCACAUUCCCCUCCCUAUUGCUGGCUGGCUGCAGGGGGGAGGAGCACAUUCAGCUGCUGAUUACAAUCUGCCCGGACAGACAGUUUCUGCCACAGCAACAGAACUGGGUGCCCUCCAUUGCAAAAGCUCCUUGUGGAUUGACUCUGAUUCUGAGGAGGUCCUAGGGAGCCUUUCACCGCAGAGCAGAGCCUGGCACAUCCCUGUGGUUAGGACCCCCUGCCUCAUCCGGCACACAAAGAGGAUGAAGUUCAGGCUGUUCGUACAACCCAGCAUUUCCUAACCCUGAGUACUCAACUUUGGAACCUAAAUAAAGUUCUUUUCAUGUGUUUUUUAAAAAUCCAUGUUGGAUCCUUUGCUGCAGGCUGCCUGGAGAGCCGAUGUUCCUACAGGCCCUACAAGUGAGCAACCGGGUUUAUUCCUGAGUUGGAAUUGCAGUCGUUCCAAGGACAGACAAUGGCUGCUGAGCUGGGUGCAAGUGCAGCUUUGGGUUUCCAGCUCCAGGCACCACUACAGCAGGGAAUGCAGCCCCCAGUGAAAAUGGAAGAGCAGAACCCAGUCAGCCCCAAGCCAGGGGAGAGAGCGGAAGGGGCAGAAAAAGCCCUUUGUGUCAUCCAGGCUGGUACCAUUGGGGGGCUACUGAGAUGGGCAGCACCACGAUGGGUCAAGCAGGAGCCACAGAAAGAGCCAGCCACCCUCCGUGGGGAUGACACCCACAUAGAGACGCGGCGUCGGCGCUUCAGGCAGUUCCACUACCAGGAGGCCAAGGGGCCCCAGGAGGCUUACAGCCACCUCCAGGAGCUCUGCCAUGGCUGGCUGGAGCCGCAGAGCCGCACCAAGGAGCAGAUCCUGGAGCUGCUGAUCCUGGAGCAGUUACUAACCGUACUGCCAGAGGAAAUGCAGAGCUGGGUCUGGGAACGUGGCCCUGAAACCUGUGCCCAGGCGGUGGCCCUGGCAGAGGGGUUCCAGCUGAGGGAGCCAGAGUUUGAGGGGCCAGGGCUACAGGUCAUGGUGCGUGUAAAGGUUGAGGAAGUGGCCUCAGAAGAAAAAGCGUCCCCUGGGGCACUAUGGGAAUCUGCUGGCUCCAGACUAGAGCAGCCACAGCCCCAUCCCGGGUGUGCAUCCCAGGACGGGGGAUGGAAUGAAGCUUCAGGAUCCCUGUACAAGCUGCCUCAUAUCCCCAAAGAGGAGCACCAGCCCCUCCAGGAAAUAGCCGAUGGCAAGGCCAGUGGUGACGACAAAGGCGAAACAUGUCACUCAGGAGAGCAACCAAAACACAAGACAAAGAAUGGGCAGCAUUGCCCUGGGGAACACAACCCGGCAGAACAAGCUCAUAAGCGCACCAAGAGUGGGAAGGGCAUCAGUGUCGGCUCUGCCCUUAUUACACCACAAAGAGUCCACGCGAGCAAGAAACGCUGGACCUGUGAUGAGUGUGGGAAAAGACUUGGCGACAGCUCAGCUCUCACAAAACACCGGAGGAUGCACGCCGGCCAGAAACCUUUUGUCUGCACUGCCUGUGGUAGGAGCUUCAGCCAGAGCUCGGUCCUCAUGAUGCACCAGAGAACUCACACCGGGGAGAGACCUUACAUCUGCACCGAGUGUGGGCGACGCUUCAGCGACAGCUCCAACCUCACUCGGCACCAGAGAACUCAUGUGGGCCAGAGACCCUAUAUCUGCACCGUCUGCGGGAGACGCUUCAGCCAGAGCUCACAUCUCACGAGACAUCAGAGGACCCACACGUCUCAUAACCAUGGGCACAGCUGCACAGCAGGUCCUGAGCAGCCACUGCCCCAGAGCAGCCCCAUGGCAGGGGGUCUUGUGGCCUAGCAUGUGUCAGGUAUCUGGGCCUCUGCCCUGGUCUCACAGAUAUAGAAUGGG